AUGAUCGUCCUCGCAAUGACCGAUCUGGGUGCUGCUAGAGGAGCGGGGAACGCGGACUGGGAGCUCGAGGAGUUUCUCCGUCGAAGGGAGAUCGACGGUACGCUGGCGGUGCUGCGCAGGCACGGUUGCGAUCUUGCAGCGAAACGGCGCCGCCGGGGAGCACACGAAACGAAGUCAGCGGCGUUUGAGUCAAGUCGAACGCCAGAUGCGGGGGAAAUGGAGGUGAUUUCAGAGAAGGGCUCUGCGACGCAGAUCGCAGAGCUCAAAGAGUCGCCGUCAGCAUCGUCGCUGUCGCCCAGCGACAGACUGUCAGGGUUGGAAGACGACGAAUGGGACGAUCGAUGGACAGACACGGAGGACGGGUCCUCCAGUACCUUCUCUGACGGAAUUGACGAUGACGGAUUCCGUCUGGAAGACUUGCCAGACGUCCAACCUCUGUCAGUUUGUUUCUCGAGCAGCACUGGGUGUCAAGGACUAAACAACAACUUCAUCUUGCCUGGGCUUGAAACAGACGGCGCCAUCGCAAAAUCGCCACAAUUCGCCACCCCGCCAGACCGCCUGACGAGUAGAUCUGACAGGGAGCCUCCGACAGGAACGGAUCUGUUGCCAUGGCCACUCACUGCAGAUCAGGCGGCGGCUGCUUGUAUUGACAUUGCUGAUAUAGGUACCAGGAGCACUGAUCAUAGAGGUCCGCUUCGGGAAGUUGACGUCGCAUCGUGCGAUAUUUUCGACGACGGAAAUGUCGCUGACGGUUCGUCUGUGACGGCCGCCGAUCUCCAGGCGUUCCUCGAGCGGCUGCGAAUUCCGGAAGCCGCCUUAGAGUCGCACGGCUGGCAGCAUUUGAUAACGCGUGCGACGCCUACGAUGCAGUACUCGUCGCAUGCCCGCGAAUGUGCGAUCGAGGGUUACCCGAAGAGCACGUGCUACCGCGGUCGCAUGGUGGUCAACGGCGUGACGUUGGAAGCAGUGAGGGACUUUCUUCUCGACGACGAGUUCCGCGGGGAGUGGGACGAGAAUCGGCUCGAAUCGACGGUUCUGGAAGAUUGGAACGAAUCUGGGGUGUCCGUCGUUCGCUGGGUUCGCCGUCUCCCGUUUUUCCUCCGCAAUCGCGAAUACGUUGUUUCUCGGCGCGUCUGGUCCCUCGCUCCUCAAUCCUCCCCUCAAACGUUCUUCUGUAUUAACCGACACACGUCACACCCAUCAGCUGUCUCUCGGCCUUCCCUGCUGCGCGUGCCGUACUUUUACUCCUCGUGGCAAAUCCGGUAUGUUUCGAGCGAAGAGCAAAGAGAGAAGCUGACGGGGCGAAAAGGCGGGCUGGAAGGAGAGUGGGGAGAGGCGGCGGGAAAGGAGGGCAAGGCGGAGAGGCAAAGGGGUAGGGCGGAGGGGCACGGGGGCGUGGCGGAUGAGAAUGGGCGGAAGCUGGGAGUGGAGAUUGUGACGUACCACCAGGAGGAAUCAGGGCUGCCGCGGGAACUGGCCAGGGUUGCUGUGAGCUGGGAGAAGGCGUACGGACUCGACCCCGACUCCGUCUCCCCUCCGGAAAAGUUUGAGCUGCCCGCGAAUCUCCCGCCAGCUCCGCACCUGGAGGACUGCUCCGCGCGCACAGCCUUCCGCCUCUCCGCGGAGCAGAGGGGACCGGACGGGUCUGCGCCUAACUGGACCCGCCCCUCCAACUGCUGCAGCUGCAACCCGCAACCCCCCUGGGUCCGUGGGGACGAUCUGGCCAAUCUCGCGCUGACACGUGUCGUGCAGAGAGACAUGUGGGAGAGCCAGUUCCCUGCCACGUGUAAGGGCAGGCGAAUCCUGCUGGCGGAAUGGGUGGAUGGACCGAUACCAGGUUCAACCCAGGCACCAGCAGCAGGAGGAGGAGCAGCAGCGGGAGCAGCGGAUUCUGGGGCAUUUGGCAUGGGCACGCAGAUUCAAGUCAUGUCCGCGUUUCUGAGCAUUGCUGUGCGGCAUAACCGCACACUGGUGGUGGCGCCAGGCAGUUACUCAAGAGCCAACAACUCCGCAUGUCAAGCCGCAGGUCACAUGGGCGCCUGGGAGUGUUACUUCUUCCCAAUCUCCUCCCAGGAGUGUGUGGACGAUUCUGUAGCAGCUGUAGCAGCCAACCAAGCUGCUUCGGCUAACGGACCUGACAUGGAGGCUCGGCUGGCCUCGUCGGACCUGGUCGUCAGGUUCGCCGAUGCAAGGCAUUUUGAAGACAUGGAUGGGGCCAAGCGAUGGGGCACGCCGUGGAGGGACCGACCCUCCACAGUGGAGGUGCAGGGGUUGCUGGAAGAGGCGGAUGAGAAGUCCAUGCAGCAUCGGUGGUGGCACGCCCAGUCAGCACGCUUCCUCCUCCGCUGGCCAUCCGCACACCUCUGCCACGUCAUCAACCGCAUCCGCCACGUCAGCUAUGGCCUGCGAGUGGCCGUGCACAUAUCUGACAUCAGCACAGAAGAAUCUUCCAUUGUCCAAUCCCUAGAAAAGGGCACCAGCCUAUCAGGGAAGGGCAUUCCAGAUUUCAACAUGACCAAAGAAGCAGAGUUUCUUAAGGGUAUCAACUUUGCUCCGCCGAACCUGGAGACUGACGUCUGGCCCGGGGAAGGCUUUGCAGGGUGUUUGGUUCGGGACACGGACGACGAAAAGCCGGCCACUCUAGACAAAACCUAUAAAGGCGUCGGCGGGGAGGUGUUUAUUUUCCGACCAAUCGUGAGCGUGCAUGUGGCGCAUGGAGAUGCUGUGUUGGAGGGAGGGGGGGCCCAGGGAGGAAGUUUCCUGGGAGGGGGGUCUCGAGUAAAGCUGUCUCUAGGAGUGUACAUGUAUUUCGCGUAUCAGCUGCAGCUACAUGUUCCGACCAUCAACCAUGCUUGGUUAAGCACAGAUGCACAGUCGACACUAGAGGAGGCUAAGCAACUGCGUGACUGGAGCUUCUUAUUUUCAGAGCACCCAUCACAGCAGGCAGCGCAGGCUGGUGGUGUGGCAGCUGAAAAUGGUGAUGGGAUCGAUGCGGCUGACGCAAGCAGCAGCUUCUUCCACGUAGGCAGCACCGCAAAUCUAGUCAGCAACGGCGUCAUCCGUGUAGAUAGCAGCCGAGUAGAGGGCCACGUGGAAUUAGCAGGAGACGAGAGAGCAGCAGCGAAGGAGGAUGGAGCGGAAUUAGAACGAGCAGCGGCGGUCAGAUGGCGGGCGGAGAGGCAGUUGAUGAUUGCGUCGAGAGCAGCGGCAGCAGGGGGGUGGGUGGGGGCACUGGAAAGGCCGAGAGCUGUAGGGAACGCGAGUGUCUCAGGUUCGGCUCAACAGUCGCUAGGACAACCGAGAAUAGCAGGGAACGUGGGUGCCAACGUGGCAGGGAACGUGGCCGGGAACGUGCGUGCUGCUGCGUUGAGGAGCAGGAAGCUGGCGGCCGCAAAGUUGCCGUCACAGAAAGGCUUCGUGAGCAUAGACUGCGGCUACAUGGGUUCCGCUGGCGCCAGCAAUCUCGGUCUCAAGUGGUUACCAGACACGGCAGCGCCGGGCGGCAGUGUGGCGGUGAUCACCCGCGUGCCGGACAGCCUGGUGGGGGUGGUCACGGUGGAGCAGACGCUGAGGGUGUUUGACGAUGGGAAGCCCUCCAACUGCUACCAGAUUCCCCUGGUUGCCCCAGGCCGCUACCUGGUGCGUCUCACCUUCUGGUACGGCAACUACGAUGGCAAGAACAUGCCGCCCAUUUUCAACGUCACAGUCGGCACUGCAUCCCUGGGCCAGUACACGCCGUCUAACGACCAGAUUCUUGUACUGGAGGUGAUAGUAACGGUGCCAGCGCGCACCAUGCCCAUCUGCCUCGUGCGCGUCUCGGCCGACCCCAUCAUCAACGCCAUUGAAGUCCGCCCGCUCCCCGCCGGUGCUUACAACGGGAGUGACUAUAGCGAGCAGGUGCUGCUCAACUACUGGAGGCUGUCCUGUGCUGGCGACUCGUGGCUUGUCGGUUCCUACCGGUAUCCCGACGAUCCGUUGGAUCGAGUCUGGUACGCGGACAUGCCUCUCUUUGGCGACCCCGCGCCCGGCACCUACACCUACAUCCCCUCAGCCGCCUCUGUGGCCGUCACCAGUAGCAAUGUGGCCAUCCCUGGCAGCAUGAGCAGCAAUGCCGUGCCUCAGUUUGUGGUGCAGAAGGCCAGGACGACUAAGGGCCCUCAGGGGCUGACUUACCGCUUCUAUGGGCUGGCUCCGGGGAAAUACCAGGCAUACCUCUAUUUCACUGACAUAAUUCCGCCUACAGCCAAUGUCAACACCACCGCCAACACCACUAGCACCCCAUCAGCAGACCUCCUCCUGGCCAUCCUGAUCAACGGCGCGCCUCUCCUGCGCAACGCCCCCGCCCUGCCCUCUGCCGCUAACCGCCAGUGGAACAAAAACACUGCCGGGCAGCUCAGCUUCGCUUUCGACGUCGUUGGGGCAGCUGGAGGGGCAGGUGGAAACGCGACGGCGAAAGCGCAAGGGGCCGGGCAAGGGAACGGGCAGCAGCAGGCGCCGCAGGGAACGGUGGCGGAAACGAGCAUACAGCUAAAGGCAGAGGAAGGGAGUAGGGUGAAGGAGGUGGGGUUGGCUGGGCUCGAGCUGUAUACUGUGGUGGAGCCAAAGGCUGCUGUGCCGAAAGAGCAAGUUAGCGCCCUGGCGUGCAUCAAAGCACAGAUGGGCGUGGCAGCAGCGUUGGAUGGCUGGACUGGCGACCCCUGCUACCCCAUUGUGUGGCCGGGGGUCACUUGCAAGACCUCCCGCCUGCACUCUUCCGUCAUCGGCCUAAACCUUACCCACCUCAACAUCUCCGGUCCUUUCUCAGCCUGCAUUUCAGAGCUCGCCACACUCCAGACUCUCUGGAUGGAUCACAACCAGCUUCAAGGCUCCAUCCCCUCGUCUAUUGGAAACCUCACCCAGCUACGAUCCAUCAAGCUGAACAACAACAAGCUAUCAGGGCCUGUCCCCGCCUCGCUUGCUUCUCUGCCCAACCUGCAGUACCUCGACCUGAGCUCCAACAAUCUCUCCGGUCCCUUUCCCUUCAACAUCUCAAGCAACGUGGAGAUCAGUAUCUCCGGCAACCUCAAUCUCUGCUCCCCAGACUCCUCCUUCGGCCUCCCUCCCUGCAACAACACCAUCCCAACCGCCCCCUCCUCCUCCCCAUCUGACACGUCAGCACAAGCUGCCACGUCACCAGCGGCCAUGAGCACAGCUGUCCUCAUGGCGCUCAUCCUAGGUGUCAUCAUCGGCGUGCUAUUGGUGCUCCUCGCCAGCUGGCUGCUGCUGAGGUGGCAGCAGCGGGCGGCAGAGAGAGGAGGCAUGGGGGGAAGGAGCGGUGCUGGUGGUGGUGGCGGUGGUGGUGUGGGGGGAGAUGGCUUGGGGCAGCAGCCGCCUGUGGUGGUGUAUGUGCAUGGGGACACAGGAGCUGUGACUGUGCAAGCAGCAGACUCGGCCGGAGCGACUCUCUACACACAUAGCAACCAGGUGCUCCUCUCGCCCAAGCAGGCUGCUGCAGGCCUGACCCCUGCAGCAGUCACAGCAGCAGCAGCGAAAACAGCAGCAAUAGAGGCAACUGAGCCACCAGCGUUCAAAGCCGCUUGCCACCCGAACCUGGUGGAGCUGGUUGGGUACUGUAGAGAGGCUCGGCAGCACCUGCUGGUGUAUGAGUUCAUGCCGAACGGGACGGUGAGGGAGCAUCUGUACGACCAGAUGGGGCAGCCUCUUGGCCGGUUGCGAUGGCUCACUAGGAUCCAAAUCGCCCUGGGGGCAGCCAGAGCUAUCCAGUACCUGCACACGUGCCUCCAGCCGCCCAUCAUUCAUCGCGACAUCAAGACGAGCAACAUCCUGCUGGACGGCCGGCUGAAUGCGCGGGUGGCAGAUUUUGGACUGUCCCGGGUGGGCCCGCAGGACAACAGGAGCCACGUGUCUACCGUUGUGAAGGGCACGGCAGGAUACCUGGAUCCUGAGUACUUCACCAUCCAGCAACUCACUGACCGCAGUGACGUGUUCAGCUUCGGGGUGGUGCUGCUGGAGCUGAUCUCAGGCCAGCAGCCCAUCGACCUCAACCGCCCGCAGCAGCACUGGAGCAUUAUCGACUGGGCGCGAGACCACUUGCAGCAGGGCAACAUCCGGGCAGUGGCAGACCCAACUCUACUCCCGCACGAGUGGGACGAAGAAGCCAUGUGGCGGGUGGCAGAGGUCGGCAUGGUGUGUGUCGAGCCCAAGAGCCUCAACCGCCCUCCGAUCACCGAGGUGGUGGUUGAGUUAGAGCAUGUGCUGGCAUUAGAAGUCAGCAACGCUGCUAAUGCCGCUGCCGCUGCCGCUGCCGCUGCCAAUGCUGCUGCUGCCGCGGCCGCUAACGCUGCUGCUGGUGCCCUGAGCUCUGCAGCAGCACGAGCAGCAGCAGGAGCUGGUUCUGGUGCUCCUGGUGCUGCUUUUGCAGCUCCGGCUGCUGGAUUAGGGCUAGGAAAUCCGCAGCAGCAGCGGCAGCAGGCACAGCUGCAGCAGCUGCUGCUGGGGCAGGCUCAGGCGAAUUCAGACCUCCUCAUGUCGGGCAGGUGA